AGCUCUUACACACGAACAGUCACGGCUCUGUACUUUACUCACUCCACUAUCUCAUUUUAUCUGGUAAACAAUCUGCAUCGAUGUCUACAUUCGCAGAUAUACAAUAUGACCAGGUGGAUCUUGAGCAAUGCCAUGCCAUGCAAUUAGAAGAAUGGGAGGUCCUGGAGUCCAUAUAUCCAGACUGUUGUAUCUCUAGCGAUUUCUCGACCAGAUACAUUAAAUUGGAGAUCCCCGUAGACCUCGGAGACUCGAGGAGUGUUGCGGUCACAAAUAACAAGAAUUUAUCUGCUUUAUUUCCCACAGAGCUCGCCCAGGAGAUAUCAAACAGCAUCGAGCUUUAUGACCAGCUAUCAUCUUUACCACCCGUCUUGCUGCAUAUCAGCUUACCGGCCGCUUAUCCUGUCUAUGCACCGCCUGAAAUCAUUUCACUGCAAGUGACGCAUUCCUGGAUACUUCAAGUCAACGAACUGCAGGCAAAGCUUCUAGAGAUGUGGCAAUCAGGAGAGGGUAUCCUCUAUAAUUGGGUAGAAUGGAUACGCAGCGCAGAAUUUCUACCGAGUAUGAAUGUCACAGAGGAUGAUUUUAGCACACUCCACAUUCCACACCCUGCGCCUCAAUUACUCCUCCCACUCCUCAAAGCUCACGAUACAGCCUCUAAAUCAGUGCAGUUCUCACAGAAUGCAUACACGUGUUCUGUUUGCUUGUCAUCUUAUAAAGGUGCUCGGUGUCUUCAGCUCUCCUGUUCUCAUAUCUUUUGUCGCGGCUGUCUGGAGGAUUUCUGGGGAUUGUGUAUUACCGAAGGGGACAUUGGUCGAGUGGGGUGCCCAGAUCCCGCUUGUGUGAAGAAUAACAGAGAAGCGGACGAGGAAGAAGUAAUGAGGGUAGUGUCAGAAAGUGAUUUAAAGCGAUGGAAGUGGUUGCGGCAGAAACGUGCCCUUGAACAAGAUCCUACCAUGAUUCAUUGCCCAAUGCAAUUUUGCCAGACACCCGUCCCAAAACCAAAGGCUACCGGCGAUGAAGAUUCUGGGUGGGCCCGCCUACGAACAUGCCAGGCCUGUGACUAUUCUUUUUGUGCGUUCUGCAGGCGCACUUGGCAUGGACCACUGUCCGAAUGUCCAAUUUCCUUUACGGAGGUAUUCAUCAUCAAGUAUAUGGCCCUACCUGAAAAUUCUCAGGGCCGCCAAGAUAUUGAGCGCCGUUAUGGUGCAUCUAACGUACGCAAAUUAAUUGCGAAAUACGAGGAGGAGCAAUCGAACAAGAAAUGGCUUGAAAGCUCCACGAUGGGAUGUCCAGGAUGUCAUGUACACGUAGAAAAGUCUCUUGGGUGCAAUCAUAUGACGUGUGCCAAGUGCAAGCAGCACUUUUGUUAUCGCUGCGGAGAUAAACUCCUCGCGAGUAAUCCUUACCUUCACUUCUCGACACCAGGGCAACCUUGUUUCUCAAAGCUAUUUGAUUUUACGAGUGUCGAUGACGAGUGGCAACCAGUGGAAGGAUUUGAUGCGCUGUGAGAUAGCAACUGUUCGUUGUUAUAAUUCAUUUUUCAAGCUGAGGAAACAUAUUUAUGCAUCAAUACACAAGAGGCCCAGAGGGCAACCACACACUAUACAUGUACUUUACAAACUACAAUCAUCCUCAUGUUUACAAAC